UUGUAGUAAUUACUAAUACACCCUUGAAGUUUACCCAAGAAAAGAAAAUGAAAAUUAAUAUAGAAUUUCGGAGAUUACAAAGUAUGCGUGGACUUCAUUCUCACUCUGUUCUUGAUGAUUCUUAAUCUUUAACGUAAAUCAAACUCUAUUUCACUCUAACUAUGAAGAAUCUGCGACUGUGAGGCUUAAUUCUACUUUAGAAAACAAAAAAAGAAAGAAAAAACAAAGCAGCUGAUUAAAAAUGGCAAAAUUAGCGUGCGAUUUUCGAUGCCUUCUAAUUCCUGCGGCCGUUGCAUUUUUCUACAUCCAGAUGCGGCUGUUUGCUACGCAAUCAGAGUACGCCGAUCGUCUCGCUUCUGCUAUUGAGUCAGAGAAUCAUUGUGCAAGUCAAAUGAGAUUACUGAUCGACCAAAUAAGCACUCAGCAGGGAAGAAUUGUUGCUUUUGAAGAAGAAAGAAAACGUCGAGAUGAAGAGUGUAGUCAGCUGAAGGCUCUUGUAGAAGAUCUUGAAAGAAAAGGCCUUAAAAGAGUGGUUGACAAGAUACCGGUAGCAGCAGUUGUCAUUAUGGCAUGCAAUCGUGCUGAUUAUUUGGAAAGGACUGUUAAGUCUAUAUUGAAGUAUCAAACCUCUGUUGCUUCAAAGUAUCCACUUUUUAUAUCCCAGGAUGGAUCUCACCCCGAAGUUAGAAGCAAGGCUAUGAGUUAUGAUCAGCUAAUAUACAUGCAGCACAUAGAUUCUGAACCUGUGCACCCAGAUAGGCCUGGCGAGUUGAUUGCAUACUACAAGAUUGCACGGCAUUACAAAUGGGCGUUGGAUCAACUGUUCUACAAGCACAACUUCAGCAGAGUAAUCAUACUUGAAGAUGAUAUGGAGAUUGCCCCUGAUUUUUUUGAUUACUUUGAGGCUGCAGCAGCUGUCCUUGACAAAGAUAAGUCCAUUAUGGCAGUUUCCUCAUGGAAUGACAAUGGACAAAAGCAGUUCGUAUAUGAUCCUUAUGCACUUUAUCGAUCAGAUUUUUUCCCUGGACUGGGAUGGAUGCUUACUAAAUCAAUAUGGAAUGAACUAUCCCCUAAAUGGCCAAAAGCCUACUGGGAUGAUUGGUUGAGGUUAAAAGAAAAUCACAAAGGUCGGCAAUUUAUUCGUCCAGAAGUGUGUAGGACAUAUAACUUUGGUGAGCAUGGUUCUAGUUUGGGACAGUUUUUCAAACAAUACCUUGAGCCAAUCAAGCUAAAUGAUGUCCAGGUUGACUGGAAGUCAAUGGAUCUGAGCUAUCUGAUGGAGGAUAAGUAUCCAACAUUUUACGCCAACAUUUUGAAAAAUGCUAAGCCUGUCUAUGGAAAUGAUGCUGUUCUGAAGGCUUAUAACAUCGAAGGUGAUGUGCGUAUUCAGUACAAAGACCAAGCGGAUUUUGAGCGCAUUGCAAGCCAAUUUGGCAUUUUUGAAGAAUGGAAGGAUGGAAUACCAAGAACAGCAUAUAAGGGAAUUGUUGUUUUCCGAUAUCAAACACAAAGACGGGUCUUCCUUGUCGGUCCAGAUUCAUUGAGUCAGCUUGGUAUUGAAGAUGCCUGAUUCUAAUUGAAGGGUUUAUGAGGAUUUAUGAAGUGCGUGAAUCAGCAUACAAGGUUGAGAUGAUCUGUUUAUACACUUGGAAGUGUCAGAUUUAAGCGUCAUUUCAUCCUGGAUACCUUUAAGGAGGUAGCUGAAAUCAUUAUGCACAUUUCGACACUUCUACUAAUUUAUGCAUCCCAUUUCUUUCUGUGGGCAAAGUAUUUAUGGACACUAAUUCUUAUGCUUCUGAAAUUGGUGGCUACCAGAGGGGUGUUAGUACGUCUGUUUCCAUUCCAUAUAGGCAGGAAGCGCCCACAAAUUUUGUAGUUUUAUCAAGGAUUCUCUCCUUCCUCUUAACAUAUACCAAUUAAUGAUGUAAUGUUCUUUUUCAAUAUAGGGUACCUCCAAAGGUGAGUUAAAUUGUUACACCCAAAUUAUUCUUCUUGCUUUUCUUUUCAGAGAAACAUAUUUUUAUACCAUCUUUUCUGUCGUUCUGAUGAUUAAAUGGGCUCAUGCCGAACAUUGGAACCUGCUGUUCUGUUGUGUAUGAUGAUGAAAAGGCAUCUGAUUGGAGGAUAAGAGAGAAAUGAACACUGUAAUGUCUGUUGGAGGAAAAUAAUUUGAAUUUCCUUCCGCAUUUAGUCUUUAGGCAGGAAGAGUGAUUGGAUGUGAAAGCAAACAGAUUUACAGUAGUCCAUUGUUGUGCUUCAGAGGAAAAAUUUACAGUA